AUGGCAAAUAGCACUGUUGAAAGUUAUGUGCAGCUGUUCCAGAUAAUCAUCUACAUUCCCACCUUUGUCCUGGGAUUGCUGUUCAAUAUGAUGGCUUUGUGGUUUGUCUUUUGUAAGAUCAGGAAGCUGACAGAAUCAACAAUCUACCUAGUGUCACUUAUUACUUUGGAUACCUUACUGCUGUUUACCCUCCCUUUUAAAAUCAUUUCCUUUGGCUCCCAGGGUGAGUGGAACUUGGGAUCCGCAUUCUGUUCAUUUCUAGAAAGCCUUUACUUUGUGAACAUGUAUGGGAGUAUUCUCAUCUCCGUAUGUAUAUGUGUGGACAGAUAUAUUGCCAUCCGACAUCCAUUCUUAGCCGUUUCCCUGAGAUCUACCAAGAAAGCUGCUAUGGUCUGUUCCAUUGUCUGCUUGGGUGUCUGGGCCGGAACUUCCUUUACUUGCCAGUUCCAUGAUAGCACACACACUACAUGCUUCUAUGGCUUCUCUGAUGAAAUAUGGGAAAACCCAGGUGUGCUUGUCACCUUGGAGACUGUGUUUCUUGGCAGCGUGACAGCAAUGACCUUCUGCACAGCUCAGAUCAUCAUAUGCUUGAAAUGGAGCAGAAAGUCAAAUGAUCCCCUUACUAACACAAGUAAAUCAGUGAAGGUAGUCAUAGCAAACCUCGCCACAUUUGUCGUCUGUUUCACCCCUUUCCAUGUGGCAUUCCUCUUGUAUUAUUUGGUAAAAAGAGAGGUCAUCACGAGCAAUCUUCUGCAAAUCUUACGCUCUUUUGUUCAGAUCAGCCUCUGCUGGGCUAACCUCAACUGCUGCCUGGAUGCAAUUUGCUAUUAUUUUGUCCUUAAGGAGUUUUUGAAAUCCCCACCUCAGGAGAGUCAGAAAACAACCAACAGUAGUUAA